AUGCAUUUUCGGAGGGAUGGGCAACGAAAUCUACCAACGCCAGCCUUGGUUGAUGACAGAAAUAGCGUUCCCAUAUCACCACAACUAUCGGCUAUACCGUCCGCACAGAGAGAACUUACUCCAGCCGAUUCCGGACCACGAAGCGAUGAAGAGGCUGGCUAUUAUGGAGAUUAUUCCAUGCUUCUGCCGCAAGAGCCGUCCUCGACGACGCCUUUAGCUGAUCACCUUCAGAAUCGCAUUAUGCCUGCGACAGAAGCUAUUCUCAAGGUGACUGAGGCGGAUGUUUUACCAAAGCCGGCAUUGCGCGAAGCGUUGAUUGACUCCUUUUUCGACCAUCUCUAUUAUCGAUUUCCCUUGGUUGAGCGCCAGGAGCUCUCGGGACCGGACGCUUCUGUACUGUUGAUACAGGCUGUCUGUAUGUCCGGCAGUCAAAUGCGACACUGGGAUUCCAGCGGGAUCUCGCUGACGCAGUCGCUCUAUGAAAAGGUCAAGACCCUCAUCCACCUCCGCCACGAGCCGGACAGCAUGAAGGUUCUGAAGGCAAUGUGUCUCCUGUCUACAUGGAGUCCGAAUCCGUCCGAAUCGCUCUCCCUGGAUAGUCCAUGGCACUGGACCGGCCAAGCCAUCCGACUCGCCAUUCAAAUGGGGAUGCAUAGGAAGUCAUCUUAUUCAAAAAAGCCCGAUGUCGCCUGUCGUCGACGGAUCUGGUGGCUUUUAUUUGUUGGCGAUAAACUUCAAUGCGCUUGUUUUUGUCGACCAGCAAACAUUAAAUCAACAGAUUGCGACAUUCCUCCCAUUUCUCUAGAUGAUUUUGGAGUGCAUGACACCCACUCGAGAGUAUUUAUCCACAUUACCCAGUUAUGUAUCAUAUUGGGUAAAAUUGCGGACUAUAGCACAGAGAAACUAACGCCAAAGCAAGAUGGCAUGGCAAAACUGACUCAGUCACUUUGUGCCUGGCUACGUGAGCUUCCAGAAGACCUCCGUUUGUUUGACAGCUCAGGAAUACGCAAUCCAUACAGGCUGCAUGUAUUAGAGGUCCAUAUAAUCUAUUUCUCAGCACUGAUCUUGUUACAAGCGUCAGAAGCCCGCUCGGGUAAAGAAUGGUCGACGGCAGGAUUGUCCAUAAUUGCAUCAUCAUGCAUCGCCCGCUUGUACGAGCAAAUAUACUAUCACGGGCACGUUCAUUUUCUGUUGCCAAUAGACGCGUUUUAUUGCAUGGUAUCGGCAGUGCCUCAGAUUUACCAUCGGCCGUCGCACGGCCCGGGGACUGACAUCCGGCACGAAGAAUUGGAUAUAAUUCGUUCUGUCAUUAAGCAGCUCCAGACAAGAUUUGGUGGCGCGACGACAGUGUCUAGGAAUAUAAGCAAGCUGACUAGAGAAGUGGAAUGUCUAGAAGCCUCCAGCGUUCCACCAGGCAGCAUCUCGGUGCAAACAACAGGAGUCUCCUCGGCUUGGAAACCAAGCAUCAUGAAUCAAUACGCUCUCGAACUGUUUCCGUUCCCAUUGAGUCUGUGUCCCAACAUGGCCCUCCUGAGUCAAUUAAAUAUGUCGGAACUGCCCCCAGACGAGAGAUCCCAAUUAGACAUGGACUAUCUGGCUGAAUGGACUUUCGACGAGCCACAAUAUCUUUUGGACAUCUUCAGUCUGAUGUCAGAAGAAUCGAUAACUCGCAGCCAGUAG